AAAGGUCAAUAAUAAGUCAUCGUGUGACUCGUUUUAUUAACGGCAUUUUCUUAUUUAUAGUUAGAUUAGACAGGCCUUCACAAAAGGGCAUUCCAUUACCAAAAAAUGUGUACUUUGGUCACCUAGGUGUAAAGCAGUGUGCGCGCAUUAACUCUUAAGUUACAGUAGAAGAUUGGUUGAAUGAACUCUUAUCAGGUAACCCCCAGAACCGACAUGAUCAUGGUAAGCAGGUUUUAGGUUAAUCAACCGAAAGUUCAGAGUUUCGCUAAUGGUAAGUUAACUCCGCUUUCUGGAAUACACCCCUGGUCGAGUACUAAAAUGCUUAUCUAACUUAUCACUCCGCUGUCUUUUUAUGUCAUAUUUGAAUUUGUUACAAUUAGCUAAUAAAAUAUUUCAAAUCAGUAUUUGUGUCUGUCUACUGUAAGCUGACUAGCGCUCCCUAAAGGAAUUUAACUGGUGUCACGGCUUCUUCAAAUGUUUUUAAGAAGCACAUCACUUCCUAACGUUACUCCCUUUCCGUUUUCAUUACUGUAACUGUAUGUGCUCGGAGUGCCAACCAAGGUGCCUACUCCUGAAACAUGAAUGUUUACAGACUCGCCGUUAGUUUAUGCUGUCUGAUGAUGGUCGAAGAUUUGGGCGAGUGCAGGCUGAUGCGCAGGAGACGCGAGGACUGUGAGUACGGGACUUACCCACUAAAGGGGAAAACCUGCUGCCUCUGCCCCUCCGGUUUCAGUGCCAAAGACUUCAAUAACUGUACCUACAACGUUGUAACAAAUUGCGAACCAUGUGGGCCUAACUCCUUUACAACACAACCAAACAGUGAUUCCAGUUGUCACAGCUGUAAAAUCUGUGAUCCUAAUGCUGGAAUGGAGACAAAAGAAAAAUGUUCGCCCUCUUACGACACUGUCUGUGUGUGUACAGAGGGUCACUACUGUGACAAAGGUGACCUAUGCAGGGUGUGUCAACCUUGUGACACGUGUGAGGAAAGAGGAGUAAAAAUACAAUGCACUGCUACCAACAAUACCGUGUGCAACGAUGCUGUUGAUUCUAAUGGCAAAAUUAUUGGAGCUGUUAUAGGUGUUUCAGUGGCACUUUUGGUCGUGGCUUUGAUAGUGUUUGUUCUAUGGAGAAAAAAGAUUUGUUUUAAGGACAAAACAGAGGAAAAGACAGUCCCACCGGAAGAACUCAUAGAUGUUGACCUGAAUCCUUACAUCGAAGAAAUUGCUUCAAUUAUGAAACCAGCAAUGAUGAGAAGGGUUGCCCGGCGCACUGGCAUGCCUCUCGUCGACAUUGAACAACAUCAGGAAAACCACCCAAAAGAUGUGAAGGAACAGACCUACAGACUUCUGCAGGGCUGGUAUGAGUUUCAGGGUUUGAGCAAAGCCUACCCAACCCUUCUCAAAACACUUCAGGAACAGGGGCAUAAAACAACGGCAGAUCAGAUAAGGAAAAUCGUCAAGAGAGACGAGGCUACAGCUAAGUUAAAGACUGUAAACGAAAACAGUAUACUUUAAAAUAAGAUCAAUCUGUCAGAGCUACAGUAUAGUCUUGUGGUCAGCACUUUGACAUGUAACACAGCAGUGCUUGGAUAGCCGGAUUUCAAAGUCUGGUUUGAGUCCUGUUCUCUUCCGUUGUUUCAUGUUGAUCUUUACUGGAUUAUCUAAUAGGACUGGGCAAAAAAAAUGUUUUUUCGAUUAAUUUUUUUUAACCUGGUCGAUUCAAAAUCGAUUAUCAAAGGCCACGAUUUUUUUAAAUGAAAUAACUUGAUCCUGUUUGAUCAAGGAAUGACUUUUUUCAGCAUACAUUUUUCAUCUUGCAUCAAAAUUGUAUUAUAUUUAACAUAAUUGUAUGCAUUUGAAAAUAAGAGAUGGGUUCUGUUUUAAUGUACCCAAGUGUACCUAAAAUAAAAGAGUUUAAUAUACAGGUUUGUGGCUAUUAAUUUCUUUUGAUUAAUUACCCUUGUAAACUUAUGUUCACUGUUCUUUUUUAUAAAUAUAGUAUUUGUAUUAAAUCUAUAUUCAUUGAGUCACACUGAGAAUCGAGCAUAAAAACCGAUCCAAGAAUCAGAAUCGAAAGGAGAAUCGAUCCGAUAGCUUGCGAAUCGAUAUCGAAUCGAUCUGGAACAUCUAAAUCGAUACCCAGCUCUAUUAUAUAAUACAGAUGAAAAAUAAGAUAAGAUAGUGUGCUAGAAGCGUCCUCAUUUCAUAUGUGCCUAGGUAGAGAAGUGUAUAUAUAGAAUAUCGAUAACACAGAUAAUCCAUUUGUUGACAAAAAAUGAAAAUUUGUGAAUGUUUUCUUGAGCUGUAGAGCAGAGGUCUAUGCACAUGUGCCAGACAUGAAAGAGUUGUUGGCUCUCAGGGACUAUUGAGUCUGACCCAGGUCUUUCUCUCACCCUCUGCUUUCCUUUCAACUCUUUACUGUCCUAGGUAAUAAAGGCAAGAAAGCCCUUCCAAAAAAUACUUUAAAAAUACAAAAGAAAUUUUUGGAAUAAAUAGUACUGUAAGGAUGCUUGACAUGUACUUAUUUUAACACUGAUGUGUGUAUGCUGUUUGUAUGGAUGGGUCUGGGGCCCACACUUACAAUAUUGCUCUGGGCCCCAUGAAUUUAUCUAGGGUUCUCGCUACCAUUAAGUGCCUUUAAAAUUCAUCAAACACAUUUUUUACACAAAAGUAAAAUAAGUUUAUUUUAAGUGUUGGGAAUGUGUGAAAGUACAUUUGUUGCAUUUAGGCUUUGUUAUUUUGCCUUGCUUUGCAUUUUAGUAAAAUGGGACUGAUUCCACUUCCAUAUUUAUAUAUGCAUUUAUGAUUUACGCUAGGAGCCGAAUUAUAUGUCUUGAGUAGAUUUACCACUUGCACAAUUGCUUUUAAACCACUGUUUUAAAUGUGUAAUAACACAUAUUACAGCUGUUACAAGUAUGAGUGCAUUGGAAAUAAUUUUCUGCUCCUACUUUAUCUAAGGUAAACGCAAACGGUACAAAUACAAGGACACUUUAUUGUAUUGUUCCAAACUGAACAACCGUAAGAUGUUUUCUAAAAAUAAAAAAUAAAGAUUUGUUUCCCUUCUUGUUUAAAA